GUGAAGUGCUCUUGCUUUAGUCUCCGCCUCUGCCAGCACCACCGCGGAUGACGUCGAACAACAAAGAUGGCGGGAGGAAACAGCAACUACUGGGAAGACCUACGGAAGCAGGCGAGGCAGCUGGAGAACGAGCUGGACCUGAAGCUGGUGUCCUUCAGUAAGCUGUGCACCAGUUACAGCAGCUCUCGGGACGGCCGUAGAGGAGACAGUAGUUCAGAUACAACGCCUCUGCUCCCCAACUCCACUCAGGACAGAAUGUUUGAGACCAUGUCAGUGGAGAUUGAGCAGCUACUUGCGAAACUUACGGGGGUGAAUGACAAGAUGGCUGAGUAUACAAGCACACCAGGAGUAACGUCUCUGAACGCUGCUCUAAUGCACACUCUCCAGAGGCACAGAGACAUCCUACAGGACUACACACAUGAAUUUCAUAAAACCAAAUCAAACUUCAUGGCAAUCAGGGAGAGAGAGGAUCUUCUGGGAUCUGUGAGAAAAGACAUUGAGACAUAUAAGAGUGGCUCGGGAGUGAAUAACAGGCGGACAGAGCUCUUCCUGAAAGAGCACGAGCACCUGAGAAACUCAGAUCGGCUUAUUGAUGACACAAUAAGCAUUGCCAUGGCAACCAAGGAGAACAUGACCUCCCAGCGAGGAUUGUUGAAGUCUAUACAGAGCAGGGUCAACACCCUGGCCAACCGUUUCCCUGCCAUCAAUAACCUAAUACAGCGGAUCAACUUGAGGAAGAGAAGGGACUCAUUAAUUCUGGGAGGAGUCAUCGGCAUCUGCACCAUCCUUCUGCUGCUAUAUGCUUUUCACUGACGGACAGGGGAGCUAACCGACUUCUUUUGGGGGGAGUUCUGCAGAGCAGUGGCGAAGCCUUGAGAAAGGGCUCAAUGAGAGGCGGACCAUUGGGGCCACAAAACAGAAGCCCACCUGGCCUAGUCUGGUAACAGGAUUGAUUGUAGCCAGCAUGGACCUUAUUUGUAUUUAGCAUUGGGAGGGGUUUAGCUCUAACAGCCUUUUUUUGUUUCUAUACUACAAACAAUGCGCUGUUCAGAUGUGAACUGGGACUGGAGACCAAAUCACUAACAGGAAUAGAUUUCAAAGAGCAUAUUAUAACACAGUGGCUUUGAGACAAAAGCGAUGCUGUGAAGCAUCAACUUGGCGUUGUGCUGUUCCUGUAUAUUAUUAAUCGGAAGGGGGUUUUAAUUUGAUGAUCCUUUUAGAGGGUUUCUCAUCAUGCUGUGUACUUUGUGAAUUAAUAAAUUAUUCAUAUACAGGAUAUUAAAAAUGUGUGUCAAACACUAGAGGUCUGUCCUCUAAAGCUUCUAUUUUUUAGAUAUUUCUAAACACUCUCGUCGAUGACAUUUUACACUGGAGAAAGGAAUGUUGGAAAACGGGAGUCCAAAAAUAAAAAACUUGCAUUGCCAUAUCUAACCCUUCUCUUUCAAGGUGCUUUUGUUUUAUGAUUUUACUGAUGUGUUUUAAAGUUUAGAGCAGGUUCAAGUUAAGAAAAUCUGGCUAAACCAACAAGCCUGUACUCACAGCCCACGGCCACUUGUCUAAGCUGACUUGCAUCCACACAGCUCCUCCUAUGAAACUGGAGUGUGAGACAGAAGCAGGCCAGAGCUUUAACAUGAUGAAUAUACAAGCUGAAAACCAUUGAUCCAGGCGAAUGAAAAACUAGCACAGGGAUUGCAUGUAGAGGUAAGACCAGCACUCUACGCAGCAGGGUUGUAGGAAAGAGAAGCAAGGAUUGGAAGCCUUAUUGUCACCACCUGAUUCUAUAUCCCUCUUGUGUUUACAAAUGAUGUCCCAUCCAUAAAAGUGAGCGUUUACGCUGAGUCUCUCACAUCUGGAGCAGUCAGACCGGCUGCCUAUAUGCCAUAGUUCUUGUUAGACUGGUGGAAUCUGUUUGUCUGAGGUAUUUCCAUAGAUGCAUAAAGAGAGAGUGAUGUUCACAUAAACUCAAUAUAAUCGCUCAAUUGAGAAAUCAGCUUCCCCAAAACAAUAAACUAGAAUAGGCUGUUUGAAACUAAGAAAUCUUUCCUCCCUUUUCCUCUGUUCCCUGGUGGUCCAUUAUCUAAAGGUCGCAUCAUUCUCCUGCUGUUCCAGUCCAUGCAUUGACCAGGUGCCCUGAAAUGCAGAACAAAUGUAGAGGGACACAGGGUCUUUUACAGAAGAAAUGGGCCGCAUUGACCAAAGGUUCAUCACAGAUCACCAUAGGAGGUGUUUCUCACCAUACUUCCAGAGAGUUUAUUGUAUUUUUGAUGGAUUUUGUGGCAACAGCACUAAAAUAUCUAAAAGAUGCUAAUUGUAGAUGAGAGCAAGAUUACAGCAAGAGUCACAAAUUUUUCUUCCUGAAUGUGUCUGUAGUAUAGAGGUACUGCAGCAGUCAUUUGUAAGCUAAUAGGCCACACACAGAACUCCACUGGAAGUCUCAUCACCUCCCCUGCUGAUUGAAACAUGCUCUCUUUACACCAGCCCAGAGAAUAAAUUAUUUUUUUAAUGGGAAUUAUUUUAUGAAUGAAUUUGUCACCUCCAUAUUGUUUUUUGCUCUGUAUGUUGCCUUUUGUUCUUUCCUAGUGUUUUUAUGAUGGGACUCCUACCUGACAUGAGGUGAGAAUGGAGACAUGACGCACAUUACCUGCUCUGCUAUUGUGGAAUAUUUUCAUUAAUCUUGAUUCAAUAUAAUAUAUAGAAUUAUGUCUAUCCAUAAGAGAAAAUUAUUCUACUAUUAUCCACUAUUAUGUAUUUGGCUGUGUGCGAGAGGAUGCAGUGUGCUUAGAAAGAGAGUGAACUAUUUAAAGCGGCAUGGAAUACACUCAUAAAUGGAAAAGGGCCUUUUCCUUAAAGGGGUCAUAUGAUGUUGCUAAAAACAUUAUUUUGUGUAUUUGG